GAAUGUGGGAAGAGCUUCAGGGUGAGCACCCAGCUCCUCAGCCACCAGCACAUCCACACUGGGGAACAACCCUACAAGUGUCAGGAAUGUGGGAAGAGCUUCGGGAACAGGUCCUGGCUCCUCAGCCACCAGCGCAUCCACACUGGGGAACGGCCCUACACGUGUGGAGAAUGUGGGAAGAGCUUCAGGACGAGCUCCAACUUGAUCGAACACCAGCGCAUCCACUCCGAGGAACGGCCCUACAUGUGUAGGGAAUGUGGGAAGAGCUUCAAGCAGAAGUGUGCCCUGACCCAACACCAGCUUUCCCACACUAAGGAACGGCCCUACACAUGUGGGGAAUGUGGGAAGAAGUUUAAGACCAGCUCAGCUCUCCUCAGGCAUGAGCGGACUCACACAGAGGAGAGACCCUUCCGCUGCACCGACUGUGGGAAGGGCUUCAACCAGAACGGCCACCUCAUCAACCACCGGCGCAUCCACACCAGGGAGAGGCCCUACAAGUGUGGGGAGUGUGGGUAGAGCUUCACCCAGAGAGGUAACUUGAUCUCCCACCAACGGACACACCGGUAAGGAAA